AGAGGCAUGUUGCAAAUGUUUCACUACGCAUUCCUCGGGGCCGGCCCUUAUAUAAGUUAUUGAAAACUGAUCAGCACACAUAGAAUAUUGUUUGCGGCUGUAAUCUACAUUAACAAUAUCAGUUUCAGGGGUUACAUACUCCCGCGCAGCUCGGUAUAUAUAUAAUAGGGACCACUUACACUCCUACAAAUCAUACAUAUUUUUAAAUAUAUAAAAUAAUAAACAGCGGCUAAUAAUAAUGUUCGUCAAUUAAAUAACUAUUUGACUUUUUAUUUUAAUUGAAGAAAAUCCACUGCACAUAUAUUUGAACCGUUCUUGUUAAGACGUGGACACGUUUAGGUCUACUUCUGUACUAUAUAUAGAACCAGAAAAAGUUAUGCUUCAGACAUCGGCAAAUAAUCUUAUCUACAAACUCAAAAUCGUCUUGUGUUUCAUUUCACAUAGCAAUGGAAACCUCAAACAUCACCAGUCACACAAAUCUUCUAUCGAAAAUAGACCUAGAAAAGCAAAACCCUAACCACAUUGUCCCAACAAUCUCUGAACUUAAAACAGAAGCAAAGUCUCUCUUCUCCUUAGCCUUCCCCACGAUCCUCGCCGCGCUCAUCCUCUAUGCUCGCUCAGCCAUCUCGAUGCUCUUCCUCGGUCAUAUCGGCGAACUAGAACUCGCUGGUGGCUCCUUAGCCAUUGCCUUCGCAAACAUCACUGGAUACUCAGUUCUUGCAGGCCUUGCACUCGGCAUGGACCCACUUUGCUCCCAAGCCUUUGGAGCCGGCAAGCCAACACUCCUCUCAUUAACUCUUCAAAGAACCGUGCUCUUCUUGCUCACUAGCUCUCUUGUAAUCGUCGCUCUAUGGCUCAACCUAGGGAACAUCAUGAUCUCUCUCCAUCAAGAUCCAAGUAUCGCAUCGUUGGCUCAAACAUAUAUCCUAUUCUCUAUUCCUGACUUGCUCACCAACUCUAUUCUUAACCCUCUUCGUAUAUACCUUCGAGCACAAGGCAUCACAAGUCCACUAACUAUUGCAAUGCUCGCCGGCACCAUCUUCCACAUACCGAUGAACUUUCUCCUAGUUUCUUACCUUGGAUUGGGUUUCAUCGGUGUCUCAAUGGCUGCAGCCGCUUCAAAUCUUUUUGUUGUCGUGUUCCUUGUGGCCUACGUUUGGGUCAAAGGUCUACACGAGCCAACGUGGACCCGCCCUAGCUCAGAAUGUUUUAAAGACUGGGGCCCACUGGUUAGUCUGGCAAUACCGAGCUGCGUGGGAGUGUGUCUAGAGUGGUGGUGGUACGAGAUCAUGACCGUUCUUUGUGGUUUGCUCAUUAACCCUCAAACUCCAGUUGCGGCUAUGGGCAUUCUUAUCCAAACGACGUCCUUGCUUUACAUUUUCCCAUCGUCUCUAGGGUUUGCAGUCUCUACCCGCGUAGGUAACGAACUUGGGUCAAACCGACCACACACGGCUAGGCUAUCAGCCAUUGUGGCCGUUACCUUUGCUGGAGUAAUGGGCAUGACGGCCUCUGCGUUUGCUUGGGGUGUAAGCGACGUAUGGGGAAGGAUUUUCACUAACGAUUUUGAUAUCAUCCGGCUAACCGCAGCUGCGCUGCCGAUUCUCGGGCUCUGCGAGCUCGGGAACUGCCCGCAAACAGUAGGUUGCGGGGUUGUUAGAGGCACUGCUCGGCCGUCUAAAGCUGCCAACAUAAACCUAGGUGCGUUUUACCUUGUCGGAACGCCUGUAGCUGUUGGGCUAACGUUUUGGGCCGGGUAUGGAUUUUGCGGGCUUUGGAUAGGUCUUUUCGCGGCGCAGAUAUGUUGUGCUGCUAUGAUGCUUUAUGUCGUGGCCACUACAGAUUGGGAGGGAGAAGCGAUGAGAGCUAGAAAGCUUACGUGCAGUGAAAGCGUCGAUGUGGUGAUUACAACGCAAAGUAACGGUGAUUUAACGGAACCACUAGUUUACGUUGUCACCGUCGCUGCUGACAACUAAUCGAAUGCUUUGGGUUUUCUUAUUCUUUUCUUUUUUUGACUUGGAAUGAUCGUUCCUUUUGGGGUGGGUAUUUUGAUAAUUUGUAAUUUUUUGGUGAGAAAGAAAACGAAAAAUUAUAAUAACUAUUUUUCUCCCCAAAGUAACUUUGUCCUAAUAUAUGUAGUUUUGUAAUGUAUGUCAUUUUGAAAGAAAAAAAGGCAUGUGUAACCGGUUAAUGAUCUAAAAUUCAAAUAAGGAUAAAAAACUAGUUGUACAACGCUUACAUCUCACACUAUAUAAUUAUUUACAGUAGACUAUAUUUCCAACUUUUAAUUUUGAGAUGUUAAAGUUUUUUUUGAUUAAAUUAAAAAAGUUUUUCAUGUCAUGGAUUUGCAACCAAUCAUGUGAAGUCCGAUGAAAAAUAUCACCAAAUACAGUUUUAAAAUUGUUAUCUAAUCGAAAUAAAUAAUUGUUUUAUUAUGCGUCAGAACAUAAGGUAACAUAUAUAAGAUUAAGAAAAAAUAUAUAACAUUUUAAAAUUAACAAUAAAAAUUUAUUUUGAUUAUUUUUUUUUUGUUAAAUUCAUGUCAUGGAUUUGCAACCAAUCAUGUGAAGUCCGAUGCAAAAUAUUACUAAAUUAAGUUUUAAAAUUGUUAUCUAAUCGAAAUAAAUAAUUAUUUUAUUAUGCAUCAGAACCUAAGGUAACAUAUAUAAGAUUGAAACACAAAUAUAACAUUUUAAAAUUAACAAUAAUUAUAACUAGAAUUGAUCAGUGGUUGGGUUUGGACAGUUGGAAUUUUUUUUUUUGGGUAGAAACAGGUGGAAUGUUUGUUGUGCAAACCAAACUACAUGGCUUACAUGAUGUCUUUAGCUUGAGUUCACAGCUUGUUCUGUUGGACCAGCUCGUCUCAUCAACUG